GCCAGUAAGCCGAGUGAUUUGUUCGUUUGCCAUUGAUAUGCGCUGCUCAAUGCAUCUCUUUGGGUUGCUGCUCUGCACUCUGUUGCUGAUUGGCGAGUUGCAUGCCGCACCAGUUGGCGAGCAUCCGGAUCAUGCUGGUUGCAUACGUGUUACGAUCAUCAAACGUCCAUUGACCACUACGACAACAACAACAACAACAACGACGACGACAACAACAACAACAGCGGCUACAACUGUAGCAACUGUGGCGCCUGGCUAGGAACUUCUUAUACCAAUAAUUCACACACACAUUUGAUUUUUGUUAAUGAUGAUCACAUGAAGUAUACGUGCGAUACAACAGCACACAUAAAAACAUAAGCCUAAUGCUCAUUCUGUUGUAGUUUGUACUUUUUGGUAUAUAUAUAUACGAAAUAUUGCCAUUGGUAUAUAUGAGUUAUUGUUGGUUUAUAAAUUUGGUAUAUUUUAAGAAUCAAACUCCACGGUGUAUGCAUUUAUUGAACUUUUUUUAAUUGAAGCAGUAGAGCAAUAAAAUACCAUAACAAAACAUUU